AUGACAAUAAUCACAAAGGGCUCGAUCCGAAGAGAGGAGUGCGACGGAAAAGUGGCAGGGAUCAGUACGACACCAUACACGGGACGUUCCGUGAAAGAGGCGAACGACUAUGUUCGCUGGUAUAUUCUCUUCACGCUCCUCAUCUUCAUCUCAUUUUCUUCGAUAUUUUGGAUACCGGCAAUUCCGGUUAUUCGGAACUACUCUAUGGAGAUUUUCCUCUUCUUCUGCGCCCUCCUUCACCUCGCCUGGUUCUCGGCAGUGAUCAACUCCUGUCGAUAUACCUGGAGAAUGCGGCGAUUCAGAUCUCAUAAAAUUGAUUUGAAACCGACGACCGAAUCGAAAGAAUGGACGAUAAAGCAUUUUGUCGGGAUUUGCAUCUACAAAGAACCGCUUCAACUUCUGAUCGACACCAUCGAGAGUGUGGCCUCCCAAAAUGACGCUGUGGGCAAGAUUUCGAUGUUUAUCGGGAUGGAGGAGGGGACACCUGAUAGGGAACAGAAAACAGCGUCCCUCCACUCCCUCUUCGACCAUCGUUUCGAGCGUUUCCUCGUCGUCUCCCACCCCAAAAACCUACCCGGCGAUAUCCCCGGCAAAUGCUCCAACCUCAAUUUUGCCGCCCGAACUGCUUGCGCCUACUUCUGCCAGGCCAUGCGCGAAAACACGAAUAAAGUGACGAUGGCGAGGACCCAAAUCUUGGUCACCACCGGAGACUGUGAUUCCGUAUUUGGCCAACGAUAUUUCGACGCGUUAGAGGAGGACUUUUGGAAGACGAAACAGGAGGACCGCAGUCGCACAGUCUGGCAAAGCCCCCUCUUCUACGCGAUGCGCCUCGAGAAAUCGCCAUUUUUUGUCAGAGUCACUGGCCUGAUGCGCUCAUUUUUCAUGAUGGGCUUCCUGAUCCCGUGGAACAUCAACACAAUGUCAAUCUUCUCAUUGACACUUGAAUUAUAUCGUGACGGAGAAUUCACCCAUCCCGGAUAUCAAAUGGAAGAUAUUAUUGCGUUGAUCAGAUGGUCAUUGGCUGUCAGGAAGCGGUGCAUCAUCAGGGCUAUCCCCGUUGCCACGCUCUCUGGACCCACUUCCGGCGACAACUACUACCACGAAUGGUUCGAGUGGGCCCGCCAGAUCCGUAGAUGGACAAUCGGAGCCGCGGAAGUAUUCCACUAUUUCGCCAUCAAAAGUCGACGACUCCCUGUCCACGUCGCGCUCAUCUUCUCGGCCGUGUUCAUCUUCUACUACGGAUUUAUGCUGUGCAUUUCGCCCCUUUAUUCCAUUCUCGGAGCCACUAUUACCCCAAAAAUGAUGCACGUCUUCGGGGCGAAGAGCCCCCUUUUCGAGGGCAACAACAUUUUCACGUGGAUCAACCUGGGCCUGCUCGGGCUACAGUACUUCUGGUUCCUCGUCGUCUUCCUCAUUAAUGCGUUGUGUGAAGCGGUACUCCCACCGUACUCUGGGCGCACCAAAAUCGGCUUCUUCCGCAGCUUUUUCCACUGGAUUAUGUGUGUUCCGACAAUCGUCAUGUAUUGUCUUGUGGAACUGGAAGCUUUCUUAGAGGUGUCAAUCCGUGGAAAAGCCGUCUGCUCUCACAGCGCCUCGAAAAAAGACAACCUCGUCGUCCCCCCUCCGACCGCACCGCAGCCGCUACACGUCGAAACGCUCCACGAAAUC